AUGAAAGGUCUACCACCCAAUUAUGUGAACAUGUCAUCUGAAAUCAUCAAGGCACCAUUAUGUAAAGGGAAUGAAUCAUCUUUGGCAUCAUCCUCGUCAAACUUGACAUUAUCAAGCAAUGAACACACAAACCUGCCCUUUUCUGAUAGAAAAAGAGAAACAAGAAAUUGUUAUGCUUUUGAAGAGGAUCAACCAGAAUCUUCAUCAAAUGAAGAUAGUUUUGACGAAGUGACUAUGAUCACAAUCUCAGUUAACCACUGUAUAGAUUUAGAGUCAAGGCUCCAAAGACUUCACCCAAGAAGAUGCCUGGAACAGAAAGUUUUCCAGGAUCUUGUAAUGUCAAAGUUGAAUAAUCUUGUGAAUCGGAGUCUUUGA